AUGCCUUUUCGGUUUGGUACUCAGCCAAGGAGGUUUCCAGUGGAAGGAGGAGAUUCUUCAAUUGGUCCUGAACCUGGCCUGAGCUCCAGUACUGCCUGGUAUAGAAAAGAGACUCCACCAACCAGGCAACUCCGAAGAUGCCCUGGAAGUCACUGUCUGACAAUCACUGAUGUUCCUGUCAAUCUUUAUGCGACAAUGAGAAAACCACCUGCUCAGAGCAGCAAGGAAAUGCAUCCUAAAUAG